AGGGAUAAUAUCGAUUUGUCGAAGCCAGGAAGUGCGCGCGCGCGUCAGCUGAGCGGAGCCGCGACCCCGUCGGCUAUCUGACGUCACAGCGGCGUGACCCACCGACCGCUGACUUUCUCCGCCGCCGCCGCCCGAUGGAAGGCAGCGGUGUGACGGCCGGGUGCGGACCAGCAGUCGGUCGCGGAAGACUGUCCCCAGUGAGCAUGCCUCAGGUACCGGUUGUGCCGGAGAACCACAGUCAUGUGCUGGCAGAGUUUGACUGCCUCGACCCACUUCUGUCUGCCCUCCGUUUGGACUCAGGCCGGCUCAAGUGUACCUGCUUGGGGGUGUCCAGAAAGUGGCUCGCUUUAGGAACAUCGGCAGGAGGGUUGCACCUGAUACAGAAAGAGGGCUGGAAGCAGAGGCUCAUCCUAACUCACAAGGAAGGCUCCAUCGCUCAGGUGGCAUGUUGCCCCCACGACGAAGACUUUAUCGCCGUUGCCACGAGUCAGGGUCUGGUGGUGGUGUGGGAGCUGCAGCUGGAGCGACGCGGCCGUCCAGAGAGGGUCAGCGUGUCGUGGGAACACCGAGGUCAGGCCGUCACUGCUCUCUGCUGGGACGCCAGCGCACUCAGAGUUUUUGUCGGGGACGCGGGGGGCAAGGUGUCCUUUCUCCGCGCAGGAUCCUCCAAAAUGGGCAAGGGGUCAGGAUUCGUCAUCUUCCCUGUGCAGACCGUCACCACGGUGGACUCCAGAGUGGUCCAGCUCGGCUACCAAGAUGGUCGCCUGCUGGUAUCGUCCCUGAGCCGCUGCUACCUCUGUGACACAGAAAGGGAGAAGUUCUGGCGCGUUGGAAAUAAGGAGCGGGAUGGGGAGUAUGGAGCAUGCUUUUUCCCUCAGAACAAGGGAUUAUUAGUUGGUCAGCCCCACCUGUUGUACUGUGCCCGACCGGGGUCUCGAAUAUGGGAGGCCAGUUUUAAUGGGGAGGUUCUGAGCACCCAUCAGUUCAAACAGCCACUGGCCUGUCCUCCUCUCCCUCUCAUCACUUACAGAGAUGAGCCACAACAUUACAACCCAGUGCCGAAGAGCCCACAGUCGAUUGCCUUCUCCAAACUGCUUUAUUUUGGAGACCAAAACCUGCUGACCUGGACUGACUCGGCUAUCUAUAUCUUCACGCCUCAGAACGGACAAGUCCUCCUGUGGACUGAAGUUAAAGACUUGGUUGACAUUGCCGUCUACCGCAACGAGCUCUUCUGUCUCCAUGGCAGCGGACGUCUGUCCCACCUCUCCCUGUUGUCCGCUGAGCGCUGUGUCGAGCGUCUGCUCCGCAGGGAGGCCUGGCCUCUGGCCGCCAUGGUCUGCUGUAUGUUCCAGCACGCCAUCACCACCAGCAGGGCAAGGAAAGCAAUUCCCAUGGAUCGCCUUGAACACCUCAGGUCCCAGCUCAGCUCCAGCACACACCCGGAGCUCAGCGGCCAGCUGGAGGAAAUCAUCACUAAACUUGAGCCUUUGGACUCCGCCUCCAGCAGCCGAAGAAGUAGCAUCUCCUCUCAUGAGAGCUUCAACGUCCUGGACUGUGGAAUCUACCGUGUGAUCAGCCGCAGAGGAAGUCAGUCGGAUGAGGAGACGAGUUCCAUCAUCAAUCACUCCAUGUCAGAGGAGGAGCGGCUCAAAGAGUUCAGUUUUGCGCAGGAGGAGGAUCCGGUGGAUCACGAUCCACAGAGCGGUGAGCGUACGGAGGCUGAGCGAUCCGAGCAAGGCAUGCAGUUCCACCUCCCCCUCUCGUUCCGUCCCAAACCCCCUCGCAUCGCUCUGCAGGCUGUCAGAGACAGUGUUUCUAGUUUUGUUAAGAAGACAACGGAGAAGAUCAACACCCUCCAGAUGAACUCUGAGCUGUGGCAACGACCUGAAUUCAGGGACAGCGGACAUUCUGAAAUCUCAGCCUCAGCCUCCUACUCCGAGGAAAUGGACAAUGAAGUUUACAACGAAAUGCCGAGCACGGAGGCCGACCUGCAGACGCUGCGGGCAGCGACAGAGCGAGCGACCUCCCAGAUCCAAGAUCCCUCGGUGCUGCUGGACCCAGGCCGCCUGGGAGAAACUCUGCAGGAGUGGCUGACGGUGCUGCAGGGAAUUCUCGGUCCUGAAGAGCUCCGGUCGACUGCACCCGGCGAUUCGAGUGUGAACGAACCCGGAGAGGAGAGGUCGGAUUAUCUGAACUCCCGCUCAGAGCAACAAGGUGGCCCGUCGGACAGCAUCACAGAGGAGAAGAAAGAAGAGUUUGGUGAGCUUGUGGAAAAAGAGGACAAGUGGGAGAUGAAGCCUGAUGGUUCUAAUGGGAGCCAUCCAGUUCCUGUUCGAGUGGAGUCUCCCGAAGCUUUACCAUCCGAUCUCCUGGAAGGUCUCACCCAGCUGGCAACGUUGUACACGGAGAUGAGCUGUUUUAGAAAGCAGGAAAAUGAAGCCGUAAGUUGCACGAUUUUCCUGCGCUCCUACUUCUUCCUGCUGGACCAAGAGCGUGUGAGGAGGAUGUGCCUGAUGUGUUAUCGAGAUCAGCCGGAGGUGCAGCGCUCCUUCAUCGAGGCAAUGCUAGAUCUCACUCAGUCCAGCAAGGUGGUGGAGGUUAUUCAGCGAGGGGAUCUGCUGAGAUCACUGCGCAGUCUGAGAGAGCUGCAGCCCUGGAGCGCCCCCCCACUCCUCGCUCACCUACACAGGCUGUAUCAGAAGCACGGGGAGGCGGCUGUUCGCUCAUUUCCGCAGUUCUAUCCCACCAUAAGUGCUGCUGAUGUAAUGACGAUGGCUCAGCAAGACCACUUCCUGGCCUACCUGGAUAAUCUGGUCCAAUCACAGACUGAGGAGCACAGAUUGUCAUUUCUGCAGUGCCUCCUUGAACCAGAAUCACUCAGACAGGAUUGGCUGGAGCUGGCACUUACCCACGAUGCCCCUCAACGCUGUGAUACCAUCAGCCCUGAUGGACAUCCCAGGUGGCAUUCUCAUUGUUUCAGCUGGGGCUAUGGGCGCCUGCUGUCUCUCCUGAUCCGUCUUCCUGCAGACUUGUCCUCCAAGCAGAAGAUGGCAGAGUGUUGCCGCAGUCACGGGUACUGGACGGGCUACAUCUUCCUCUGCUGUGAGCUGCAGUGUCGAGAAGAAGCACUCACCACCGUGUGUCAGCUGGACGACAUCAGUCUGCUGGAGGAAGCUGAUGGUGUCGUGCCUCAGACCUUGGAGGAGUGGAAGCUCCUGAUCCGGUUCUCUCAGCGAUGCAGCAGUGCGGGGGACUCGCAGCAGGGCGCCGGUGUGAACGGCAGCGGCUCAGCGGAUUGCGGCGGAAAGAUCGACCCGGAGAACCUGACCCUCAUGCUGGCACGAGCAGCCGGGCCUGAGCGCGCCAUGGCCGUCCUGGAGGAGUGUCAGGUGCAGUUGGUCCUUUCGCCACACUCCAAGCUGGUGUGUGAGCUUCUGAGGGUCACCGAGACGAGGCAGAGAGCCAUGAUCCAAACGAUGCUUGAGCGCUGUGAUCGCUUCCUCUGGUCUCAGCACGCCUAAAGAAAGAUCAGCUGCUGCUCCUCUGCAACAAAUAACAAAACUAACACUGUGUGUAACUGCUUCUGUGCACUGGAAUAUUUGUAAAAGCUUUCUAGUUUAAAUGAAGGUACAUAUCCUUCUAGUGAAGUACUUAAAUGUGUUUUUUGCAUGUUCAGAACAAAAAAGUCAACAAUUUCAGUGAAAUGUCCAAACAACUGAUACCAUGUAAAUAAAAGUUUGGGAUUUCA